CGUGAAGGAUUUUUUCGUGCCGAUAGCCAAUAACAUCCUCGACAACCGGGGAACAAUCGUCGGGCAAACCAUCCGCACAUCACCGUGCGAUACACAAUUCGUGUGUCGUUGCCCGCCGACCCGUUUUGUACCAUGCCCGAAUCCAGCACCGCCGGCAACGAAAUGCCUCGCCCGCUCCGCAUCGUGAGCCUGAUCCCCUCGGCGACGGACAUUUGCGUCCACCUCGGUCUCGGUGACAAUGUGGUGGGAAUCACCCAUUGCUGCGAUGCCGGAGACGUUCCUUCCUCCGCACUGGUCGUUACGGAGGACCAGGUCCACGCUUCUUCCAACUCCCAGGGCGACAUCCACGCAAAAGUGGUCGAGAACGGCCAAAAGGCGGUGGAAACCAUGGAGACCAACACCCGCGACGCCAGCGAUCCGGCGGCCUGCUCGCUGACCACCGAAGAAAUACCCACGCUGUACCCGAUCAACAAGGAACUCCUAAAGAAAGCGGAUCCAACGCUGAUCGUCACCCAAGACCUGUGCCACGUUUGUGCGCCGUCGUCCGCGACCGUCUUUCGGGCACUCAAAGAGGCCGGAAUCGACGCUAGGGUCGUCCUGCUGACGCCGAUGAACCUGGGCGACGUGGUCGAAAACAUGCAGCAGGUGGCGGACGCCGCCGGAAUAUCCCGCCGGGGAAAAGAACUCUGCGACGAGCUCCGAGCGAACCUGCGCCUCCUGGGAGACACCGUCCGAAAGCACCGCAAACCGGAACAAGCGAACAAAAAAGUGCUCGUGAUGGAAUGGGUCGAUCCGCCCUUUUGUGGGGGGCACUGGAUACGUGAGUGAGGCGCAAGCAGCGCUCGUGUUUCGGUGUUGCGAAUGCCAUUAUCCAACAGCAGCGACAACCAACAGCGAGAUUUCGAGCUCAUCCCGUUUUCUUUGUUUCUUUGGUCGCUUGCUUUCUUGUUUUGACCCCCAUCGAUGGAUGCCUACUGCGGUGCAGCGGACAUGGCCCGCUUGAUCGGAACCGAGCUCGCGAUCGACCCCAACCCGGACGGGAGAUCGAGGCGGGUGACCUGGGACGAGAUCGAACGAGCCGAUCCGGACGUGGUCCUCGUCGCCUGCUGCGGAUUCGAUCUGGAACGAAAUCUGGACGACGCUUCUUCCUCGGGGAAGCACUUUGGCAGGCUCCGGAGCAACCGCGAGGGGAACCUGUACGCCGCAAACGGGGACCAAUACUUUGCCAGGCCCAGCCCGAAAUUGCUGACUGGCGCGGUCGUUAUGGCGCUGGGCGCGUACAACGAGCGAGACGAACCGGACGUCGUUCGGGCCAUCCGAGAUCUUCCGUUUUCGUCUAGGGCAUUCGAUAGUAUUGAGGCAAUGGAGUUUUGACGCUAACAUCCAAUUCUGCCGAUGACAGCUUUUUUAUCUUUCAAGAGACCUCGUCGCUACUUCAACAUAUUUUCCAUUUCUAUCGCUUCAAAUCAUUUGUUUUGCCUACAUAAUUUCUGAAACAGCAAUAGAUUUAUUGUUGUAGUUUCACAGAAGUGGAAAGACGUCACAGCCAAGAAAUUGUGUUCGUGAGAGCUAGAGCAUGCGAAGGGAAGUAUCAAAAUGAUAGCGCACCAAGGAUUGCUUUUGGAAAAAGAUAUCAGUACCCAGAAAGAUUGAUCUCCUUUUUGGGAACUGCAAUUCUUCAAGAGAAAAGACUUGGCAGUUAAUCAUUUCCACGAACCAAAACCAACGAAAAAGAAGAUUCCAAUCAGUGUAGCUCACGGACUGUAUAACAAUCUAAGAAGAAAAGCCAACUCAUACGUUUACAUAGUAUGACGCCGUAGUACUUCGCCCACCCUAGAGAUGUUGAAUACUUUGUCUAGCGGUAUUCCUUUCCUAGUGCUAAUACUACCUUGGAGGUACAAAGAUCCUUCUCCAAAGAAAAUAAAACAGUCGUAACGCUUUCGUUGACAGAAUAAAUACCGGUCAGUUAUCAUAAUCAAUUGUUUUGAUUCGAAUAGCCUGUUCUGCGGUAUCAGUACUAAUCUACAGUUCUGAAAUAUUUUACGAAAAGAAGUUCUCAAAUUUCCACUCCCAGUAACAAAAACCUGGUGAAAUAAAUAAUACUAACCUUUCAUAAUAUUAUUACAAUCAUAUUUUACACACGCUACAAAAGCAAAAUCAUUUUUUGCAACACUGAAAUAAUCAUUGAAAUUACUUCUUACUUGUGCACACUACUUGUUUCUCACAGAACAAUUAUGAGUUUGGUAUUGGCUAAUGCCGCAAGCAUCGUCACUGGUGUCGUCGGAACUGCUGUUGGUUUUGGCGCUACAGGUAUUGUGGGGGGGUCCAUUGCUGCAUCCAUCCAGUCAUCCAUAGGAAAUGUUGCUGCAGGAAGCGCUUUCGCUCUGCUCCAGUCUUUUGGUGCUGUGGGAGGUUUUAUAGGAUUAGGAUUCGGAGGAGUUGCUUCCGCAAUCUUCUACGGUUUAUUUGAAUGAAUCUUUGAAGUAUAAAAGCAAGUGAAACGUUGGUUCGGGAAGCUUUUUCGAUUUACUCGAGUUGGCAGCUAGAGUUCUUUAUGAGAUGACAGCUGGAGCUUUCAGAUUAGUACUUGUUCUAUUCCUGAUACUUUAUCACGUGCCAGAAAAAUGCAUGAAGUAGGAGUUCUAUCAUUCAUUUAUACUCCAUUUAAAUCUAAAAUAUAUAAUAAGUUUACGUACGGUGAAGAUUGAUCCUGCAUCUAUCCGUAGAGGACAACUUUUUGAUCUAACGGCUACUAGUUGUUAUUCACCGAUGCUACUCGAUUUCGAUGUUCUCAAACGAACUACUGGAAGCCGCGCCUCUGUUACUUUUCGCCGAAGAGAACGAUUCCGGAUCGGUGCAAUUUGCAUCGAAAGUUGGAUAGUCUUCGUCUCGCAACCAUGCCUUCAAAAAGGCAAAACUUGCCUCCGGCUUGUAGGUGGGGACCAUGUGUCCUGCCCCACGAAUCGUCAAAAAGUCAAACAUACCCUCGUAUCGUUCAACGUAUCCUCCCAUUUUCUGACAGCCGUCGAUCGUCCAGGGGCGCCAAUGCCCAUCUAAGGUUUCAUCAAAACCCAAGUGUGAGGUCCAAUUCUGCGUGGCAAAACUCGUAAUGGCCGGGUCGGUGUCCCCAUUGUAGACCAAGAUCUUGAGUUUCCCGUUCAUUUCUUUGUAAAAGGGUUGAAGGUCGGGUUCUGUGGGAGUAUAAUCGAAGUCUCCCUCGGCGUUGUCGACCUCGAAGAAGGUUGAACGCACAUGAAAUGCAUCAAAAACGACCGGUCCCAAUUUCAAAUAUGCCUCCAGAACUGGCCCUGCUCCGCAGGGAUAAUCGUUCAGUGCACCACCUACAAAACUAUUGUCUUUGCUGCUACUGCUACUGGUCGACAUGCUGUCGAGCAAUCCCAGCGUCCUUUUCCACUUCAAUCCGUUUUCAUAUGUGCAUUCAUCGUAGAGGGCGUAUUCAAAAAAUCCACCAAUUUCCUUCUUCACUUUCGAUACUGCUGCUCUGCAAAGUUCGUCGUUCUUGCUAUUUGGAGUGGUCAGAAAUCCUGGCUUGUCAGAGUGGGCACAAGCUUUCAUGACCAAUCGAAAGUCCGACAGAGGAAUUUGGUGGUGUCCCGCCAUGAACCACAAGUGCCAAUAGUCAACAAACCCAACCGAGCCUAAUUCUCCGCACAUGCUUGUCUCUGUUCCCAAGCAUCCGUCUCCAACGGCAAAUCCUUUGAGAUCCAAUGGAAUCGUGGAAUUGUCCUCCUUUCCAUUCCCUUCUACAAUUCGUCGUGCCAACGUCGGGAUGUAAAUUCCCCCGUAGGAUUCUCCCGUUAGAUACAAUUCUUUUUUUGCCAAACAGGGAAAUUUUGUUUUGUAAAAGGUUUGCAACGCUGUGUAUGCGUUUAGGGACGUUAAUUCGUCCGUCCAUGCUAUACCACCACACGAAUGGCUAGUUGCAUUCUUCGUAUCGUCGUCGUUGCAGUAGCUAAAUCCAACAGGCGCCGGUUGAUCGAUCAUCAGUAUCGAACCCAAUCUAGUCCAAGUGUACGGAUUGUAGAUUGGGGUGGGAAUGCCGGUUUCUUUGUAGGCAUCUGUCUUCAAGCUCUCGUCCGAAAGCAUGAGUGGUCCGAUUUCUGUCAGCAAUCCAAAGAGCGAGGAGGCCCCGGGUCCACCGUUCGUCCAAUAGAUCAAUGGAAGCUCA